CGUGAUUGUUCUCCUUUUGAAAUCAUUUGCUUCGUUGAAACCACACUCUCCUUUUACUUUAUCUUCUCCUUUUCGUUGAAUACUUGAAAUCUUCCAAUCUUCCUCCAAAUUUUUUCAGAGUUUGAAGCAUGUCAGACCAAGAGGCUCCUCUGCGUAAUGGAGUAGAACACAAGAUUUUCGAAGUACUUCCGUUUGUGGAUGAUGAUUACGGUGGAGUCAUCGUGGAGAUGAAAACUCCUAUGGAUACUAAGAAUUUCGUUGCAGCGCUUAGAGAUUCAUUCGAGCAGUGGCGCUUACAGGUUUGUGUUGGUGCGAGAUCACAUGCAUCUCUGUCUUCUUGAGUGAGCGAGCGGUUGAUUCUGUAAAACCUUUUUGUUUGUUUUUUGUUGUCAGGGUAAAAAGGGAGUCUGGUUGAACUUGCCUCUCUCACACGUAAACCUCGUGGAACCCGCGGUUAAGGUCACAUAUCAGAUUAAAUUUGAUUCCUAAGUCUUGCAUAUUAACGUUACUUAAUUAUCAUCUUUUGUUAAUUAGAUGUCAUUGUCUUAUCUAUUGCUAAUAUUAGUAUUAAGAUGAAUCUCUUUUGUACCAUGGACAUAUUUUAGUUUUGUUUUUAAAAAGAAAAUCUUUUUGGGUUUGACAUAUUUAGGUUAAUGGGAUGUAUAGUUGAUAUACCAAGUUAUAGCUGCAUAUCCCCAUGUAUUAUUACAUUGAGGGAUGAACAAACUGGUCCCAUAAAUAAUUUGUGCAUGCAGGAAGGUUUCCGGUAUCACCAUGCUGAGCCAACUUACCUGAUGCUAGUUUAUUGGAUUCCGGAAGCCGAGAGUACUAUUCCUUUGAAUGCUUCCCAUCGUGUUCGUGUAGGUGCUGUUGUCUUGAACCAUAACAAAGAGAUUCUUGUGGUGCAGGAAAAAUACGGUUCAUUAUGCGGAUCAGGUAUCUGGAAGAUCCCAACAGGAGUUGUUGACGAGGGUGAGGAGAUUUUCGCCGCAGCCAUUAGAGAAGUAAAAGAAGAAACAGGCAUCGACACUGAGUUUUUGGAGAUUCUAGCUUUCUGCCAAACCCACGAGUCAUUUUUUGCAAAGUCAGAUUUAUUCUUCGUUUGUCUCUUGAGACCUACCUCCUUCGAUAUUCAAAAACAGGACUUAGAGAUCGAAGCAGCUCAAUGGAUGCGGUUCGAGGACUCUGCCUCUCAACCUAUCACACACAAGAACGAUCUCUUCAAAGAUAUUCACCACAUUUGCUCAAUGAAAAUGGAGAAGAGCUAUAGUGGUUUUUCAAAAAAACCUAUUACAACUUUCUUUGACGACAAGUUAGGUUAUCUCUACUUGAAUAAACAAGAAGAUAUGGAACAACCUAUUUCUUAAACUUCUUCCAAGAACAUCGUCAUUAAGAGAUCAUAUUCUGAUCUAAAACAAUCAAUCGAUCUGAAUGAAAAACAAAUGCAUGAGUUUCAGAUUUGUUAUCCUAAAAGAGAUGCUGAAUUCUUCUCCAGCAAGCAAAAAUACAAAUACAGUAAGAAGAGAGGGAGCUUGUGACGAGGAGGAAUUAAGAAGUGAAGAUCUUGUUUUUAUUUGAUGAUUUGAAAUCACUAGAAUCCACUAAUACAAUAAUUAAAUAAAUAAAUACAUACAUACCGAAGCACAAUUAUUUGAUUGCACUCAAAUGAAUCAUUGUCUUCAAGACUCCUUCAUCCAUUUUUCUUUAACGUUCCAUUCUAAACUCGACUCUUUGAAUGUUGAUGUAUUUGUUUUAAGUAAUUCAUUUUGAUUAUUCCAUCAUUAAUUACCACUUUUUCUAAUAACUUGGAAAUUGAUGUUGAUGUGCUUUGUCUUCCAGUUU